AGGAGGUGUGAUGAUAAGGAUGAUAACUGUGAGUGACUGAACUGGUGUUUGGUUCACCGUGAUCACACGCAGCGCUCUUUCAGUAAGGUGGUCACACCUUAGAGUCCCAGGCGUUUUUAGGGGAAUAACUUUUCAGCCUCUAAUCGUUGGACAUGCCACCUCAAAUGGAUUAUUUCUACCAAGAGUCGAGAGUGCCGUCGGUGUGCUUGGACCAGGACGACGGGCUGGAGCCCGCUGUUAGCUGCAUGCUGGUUGGAGACGGUGCUGUUGGCAAAACGAGUAUGAUUGUGAGCUACACCUCCAAUGGCUAUCCCUCAGACUACAAACAGACAGCCUUCGACGUCUUCUCAGGACAAGUGCAGGUAGAUGGUACGCCUGUACGGAUUCAACUGAUGGACACAGCUGGACAGGAGGAGUUUGACGGCUUCCGCUCGCUGUCUUAUGCCCACACGGAUGUGUUCCUCCUGUGCUUCAGUGUGGUCAACCCCACUUCUUUCCAGAACAUCACCAAGAAAUGGAUCCCGGAGAUCCGCGCCUUCAACCCAAGCUCCCCUAUAAUCUUAGUAGGAACUCAGUCGGACCUGCUGUUGGACGUCAAUGUUCUUAUAAACCUGGACCGUUAUAAGGUAAAGCCUGUCCUCAGCUCACGGGCACGGAGCCUGGCUGAGAAGAUCCGCGCCGCGGAGUAUGUAGAGUGUUCAGCUUUGACGCAGAAAAACCUGAAGGAGGCCUUCGACGCCGCCAUUUUCGCAGCCAUCAAACACAAGGCCAGAAAGGCCAAAAAGAUGAGACUUUCGGACAGACGUGCCAAAGCCUUUUCCAAGUGUAGCUGGAAAAAGUUCUUCUGCUUCAUCUGACCCCGUGGGUCAAAAAAGAGAACUCUUUGUGUAAUUUAUUAUUUAUUUUGGACUUUUGCAAUGUAGAAUUGAUCGAUCUGCGAGGACCUUCAGAGAGAGAGCGACCAGCAUGUUGGGAUGAACUCAACUUUUUGGAUUGAAGAACAUCUCACCGAACUGCAAUUACUGACUCAUUCCAUGACUUAUUGGCUACACAUACGUACUAAUGACAGGGGUGCAUAUCAUAAGCUGUACAAGAAAGGCUAAGCAUAAAAUGAACAAGCAGAUACAAAAUGUACCAAGUCCCAGAGCCCAAAUAAAUUCAAAUAGAGAAGUACUAUAAACAUUUUAUCCAUAAUAAUCACCCAGACAAUAACAAAUGCCCUCUUGGAUUCAACAUCUUCACUUAAAUCACAGUAUAAAAGAGAACUCGCCACAUGUAAAUGCUCUGAAUUUGCAUUAUCUGGAUGGGUGCCCAUUCAAAGCUGCGUAGGGCUUCCCGCAUGUAGGCGUCUGUGAGAAGCUGGUGGGGACCAGAAUGGUUGUCCAUUCCCUGUCUUUGUCUUGGGUGCCAUCUUGUCAGACAGGACUUUUCAUAUGCAACAGCUCAAGCUCAAGCUACAGUGUGACUUGUAUGCUUUAUCUCUUCCUUUUGAACACUUAAAGAGACAAAUUCGCGACUACAGGAUUCAGUUUAUUCAGCCAACCGACAUCCCUUGGCCGGCCAUUGUUUUGCAAAUUGUUAUUGCCCAAUGAGGUUUAUUUUGUUUGAGUCUUCUCCAUCAGGACUUUUCUAAUGCUUGUUGAUCAGUAUCCUAGUAUCCUUCUUUUUCCCUCCCAGUCGACCUUUUCAAUUCACUUCAUCUGUUAUUUACGUAUCUGUAAAGGAACAUGAAAGUAUGUUUUGAAACUGUAGACCCCCAGCCCACAAUGAUUUGCUUUGGAGCCAUGGUUUGUUUAUGUUUUGCAAUCUUUAUCUUGGGGAGGAUUCAUUGAUAACAAUGUGUACACAUGAUAGAGUGAAAUAGUGCUGUUUUUACUAAAACACUACGUUAUUCUUCUUGUGGAAGAUAUUCUAAAUGCUGUUAAUUUUUUAAUGGUUUUAACUGUUUUGAUUUAAAGCCAUAGGCAAAAACUUUUUUCCCUUUUUGAUCACAUUCAAGAUGAACAUCUAAACAGUGUUUUGUUUUCUGAUGUGACAAUAAACAGGAGUAAAAAAUCA